AUGACGUCUAAGGGUUCUCGGAAGAGAGUGAAGCCCAGCCCCGGAGGCGUGGACACACCAGUUACACCCGAUGGUCGAGAACGUUCAGACUCCCAGACUCGGGGACGCAAUGCACCCUCGAAACAGAACUGGUAUCCUGGAGUAUGGUCUUCUGCCGCAAGAGUCCCUAAAGCAGCCCCAGUUACCGAGGUUGCCCGUGAGAGCAUCUCAGCCGCCAAAUCUGUAGCCUCGACUGCCAUGAACACAUCAGCCUCUCUACUUGAAACCCCCAUAAGGACCCGAAACCCUUCUCUUCAACUCACGCGAAAGGAAGGCGCAUCGGCCAGGUCCCUGCCCGUCGGAGCUACCACAACCCGAGUCAACAUUGCAUCAGACGGUUCGGCCUCUACCAUAGCCACCGGCGAUAACAGUGACUCCGCUACCAUCAAAGCCGUGACAUCGGACAAAGAGACCUCGGAGGAUACCAACACCAAGCCUGUAGAGAAAACGGCUAAGGAGCAGGCCACCGCACCCAACACCGAUUCGAGCCAAAAGCUCACGGAUUCUGCAGAGGGAGCAGAGCAACCUAGCGGCUGGUUUUCGUGGCUAUAUGGAACACCAAAUACAACCCAAGCUACUGCGAACGCUCCAGAAUCCACAGAAACUACAGAGCGCCCGCCAGCCGAACAAAGCACAGAGCAGGUUGCUCAGUCCCACGUGAAAGAGCUUACGCGAGAGGUGGAGGCAACACCAGCAGCAGAGGCAAGUCAAGACACGAUUGAAGUUAGACCCACGGCGCACAAACGAUCGUGGCUUCAGAUGUGGUACGGUACAAACACACCGAAUAAUCAAGAAGAGCCAUCAUCUGCAGCCCCCACGGCUGUGCCUCCUGUGGCUGAGAACAUCACCGAAGAAUCCAACUCAGAAAUGCCUCCGAAAGAUCCAACAAAGGACCCAAGAGAGCCGAACGGCGGCUCGCAGACCCCUGUCACAAAUGCGAGAUCAUCUGGUUGGUCGUUUUGGUCUAAAGACACAAACAAAGAUGCGCCCUCAGAUGCACCUCAAACAGGCGAAGCAGUAGAAGCUUCAGUGGAACAAGAUAAAUCGUUGAAGACUAACGCAUCUGAUCCAGACGCAGAUGGAAAUGUGAAGAUCACCCACACAGGUAGCAUCAAAGUCAAGCCGCCAAAAGACAGCCAUCUCAAGGAUGGAUCUGUAUCUACCGUCGAUGCGCCACCCGCUGAGCCUCGACCGGCCGAUAUAACCGCCUCGAAGCAAUUGCAGAAAAUCCUUCCCAAUCAAGUCUUGCCCAGUUUUCAAGAAACGUACUCCUUCGAGGAAUCACCCUCAAUUUUGCAGAGCCUUGGUAGGCUGCUGCAUUACAGUAAGGGAGAGGAGAUUGGGCACGUUAGCAAAGUCAGGGAGCCAUUACGUGUUAAACGUGCCUUGGCGAUCGGCGUGCAUGGCUACUUCCCGGCACCUUUAAUCCGAAGUGUACUCGGACAGCCAACCGGAACUUCAAUUCGUUUCUCGAAUAUGGCGGCAGAUGCCAUUCGGAAAUACACAGAGAGUCACGGCUACACUUGUGAUAUCGAAAAGAUCGCCCUCGAAGGCGAAGGUCGCAUCGCAGAACGAGUGGAUCUUCUAUGGAAAUUACUUCUCAAUUGGAUGGAAGAGAUACGGAAAGCAGACUUUGUCAUGAUCGCAUGUCAUAGUCAGGGUGUUCCGGUAGGCGUCAUGCUGGUUGCAAAGCUGAUACAGUUUGGUUGUCUUGACGCCAAACGAGUGGGCAUAUGCGCUAUGGCAGGCGUUAAUCUCGGUCCCUUCCCCACCUAUCGUUCUCGAUUCAUCAAUGGUUCUGCUGGCGAAUUGUUUGAAUUUGCUCUUCCAUUCAGCAAAGUCUCCAAGGAGUAUGAAUCUGCUCUCAGGUGUACACUGGAUUUUGGUGUUCGCAUAUCUUACAUUGGAAGCAUUGAUGAUCAACUUGUUUCUCUGGAGUCGUCGCUGUUCUCACCCGUAGCCCAUCCCUACGUCUACCGCGCCGUUUUCGUGGAUGGCCGAGUUCAUGCUCCCAGCUUUUUAUCUCACUUGGUCGGCUUCGCUCUCAAGCUUCGCAACCUGGGAAUUUCAGACCACGGUCUCAUACGCGAACUAAGCGCCCCUCUAGCUGGCAGCUUAUACUCAGGCGAAGGACACUCCCGAUUGUACGAAGACGAAGCUGUUUACUCGAUGGCUAUCGAAUUCGCUCUAGAGACUUCUUCCAUCCCCAAUUCGACUCUCAGCAUCAAGCGAGCCACCAGCUCUGUGUCGCCAAACCCGUACAUCUUGCCCUUUGCAAUGCGUGGUCUUUUGGAAGAGGAAUACGUACGGCGUGAAAUGCACGGAGACACAAUGGAGUUACUAAAGCAGUUCGAUGACUGGAAACCUUCCAGCAAGGUUUUGAAAGACGUCAAGUUCCGACUGGAGGGAAUUCGGUCGAAGCUAUAG